AUUGAUUAAAGCUGCUGCGACUCGUUAUUCAUCACCACACAGCCUCUAAACACAAGAGACAGCAGUGCAACAAGCUUUUAAGUUUUUUUCUUAGUCAUAAACUACACAUGAUGUAGCAUUUUGCUAAAUAUUGAGCAACAUGACACAUAGACCUAAUCAAACAGUCUUAUAUUAAGUCGUGCUCUUUAAAUAGGUUUUAUCUACUGUUUAAAACAUCUUACACUGUAAAUUACACGAGCAGAUUGAAAGUAUAGCGUAUGGCAAAAUAUACUGUAGAGCGUUCAUUUAUAAUGACAACACGGAAGAGAAAUAAACCUUCAUUACCUGAGUCAGAUUCUGAUAAGACUGAAUGUGAAGCUGCCAAGAGACUCGCGCAUUGUCAGUCUGACAUGAACACUGUGGGCCAUAAUGAUCCUCUUCAUCAUCAUCUCAGCCCUUAUUUCUCGAUGAGACACUCUCCCAGACUGACGUACAGCUUUUUCAAUCAGCCCUGCGUCGAGCUGGCCAAGGCUUUUCUCGGCAAGGUGUUGGUGAGGAAACUAACUGAUGGCACUGAGCUCAGAGGAAAGAUUGUGGAAACCGAAGCAUAUUUGGGUGGCGAAGAUAAGGCCUCCCAUUCGGCAGGAGGAAAGCGCACCGAGAGGAACACGGCAAUGUUCAUGAAACCCGGUACUAUCUAUGUCUAUCCCAUCUACGGCAUCUACCUCUGCAUGAACGUCUCCAGCCAAGGGGAAGGGGCGGCUGUGCUUCUGCGCUCGCUGGAGCCUCUGAGUGGUCAGGAUGUCAUGAGGGGCCUGCGAGCGGCCAAACGCAAGCCUGGAGCCAAAAGCCUUAAGGACAAAGAGCUCUGCAAUGGCCCGUCCAAGUUAUGCCAAGCUCUGGAUAUACAGCGCUCUUUCGACCGCAGGGAUCUGGCAACCGAUGUUGAGGUGUGGCUGGAGAUGGACCCAGAAAAAGAGGCCAUCGUUGAUGCUGGAGAAGUGGUGAUGGCGCCACGGAUUGGAGUUGACUCUCACGGAGAAUGGGCAACCAAACCGCUGCGCUUCUACCUGAGGGGACACCCGUGUGUGAGCGUGUUGAACAAAGAUGCAGAGCGGCGAAUGGACUCGCAAUCUGACACAGAGCGGACAGUCUGCUGAAAGGUCAUCCUGGUGUUUGUUUGUUCUUAAAUUAAGCUUUAACUCACUUUUGUGUCAUUUCAAUCCCAUAAAACAAAAUGAGACAUUUAGAAGAA